AAUCGACCAAUAGAAUUAUAACAAUUUUUCUGAGAAGCUCUAUAUUAAUGCCAUGUCAGCAGAAAUCAUUAAAGUGACUUCUCUUUUAAUGUAUAGGAGAAUUUAGCUGACAAAAAUAUUUUCAAAAGUGUUUUUCAAAAAGAAAUUAGUUAAAUAUUAAUAUUAUUUUCACAUUGUAAAAGGUUUCGCUUUAAGAAACUCUCAAUAAUUGAUGCCUAAUAAUAUGCCAAAAAUUAAGAAAAAAAAUCUUAUCAUGUUUAAUUUCCUUCACUAGACGUUACCACCAUUUAGCAUCAUCUCGUUACAUGGGGUAUAAUUUGUAUAGACAAAACAUGAGACACAAAGAAAGACCAUAAACUAAAAUUAGACAGAAAGACAAUACUGAAUGUCGUAUGCAUGUCCGACUCUGUUGGAUCUUUGAUUCAGUCUUCUCUCUUCACAACCUCUCUUUUCUUCUAUUUUUACUUCCUUCAACUCCCAUUUUACUCCUUCAUUUGUUUUCUUUCUUCUCCAUCGUUUUUUUCUUUUCUCUCCACAAACAUAAAAAAAUGGCGUUUGGAAAAGGACGUGGAAACAAACGCUCUUCUUCGACGUCUUAUGCGUCGACCAUUACAAUGGUCGUCUUUGUGGCUCUAUGUGUCAUCGGUGUCUGGAUGCUUUCUUCCAACUCCAUUAUUCCACCACAGAUCUCACAAGCCAACACAAGAACGGUUAUAUCAGAGACGGAGAGGGCUGAUGUGUCUGCCUCUUCAAACGGUAACGAUGAACCCGAACCAACAAGACAAGAGUCUGAUGAGCAUCCAACGUUUGAGGACAAUCCGGGAAAGCUUCCAGACGACGCCAUAAAGUCAGAAUACGAACAGCAAAAGUCAGCUAAAGAGAAGAAUGAAAAGACGAGCUCAAAGGCAAGAGACGAGGUACAAAGAGAGACCCAAAGCCAAGAGACACAACAGGACAAUGAAAAGAUUCCUGAAGAGAAAGAAAAAAACAACAAGAUAAUGCAAGAGAGUGAUGAGGGUCGGGUGAAACAAGUGGUCAAGGAGUUUGAGAAGGAACAGAAAGAACAACGCGACGAGGACUCUGGUGCUCAAUCAGGUAACAACAAAGGAACACAAGAGCAAGAGCAAGAGCAAGAGCAAGGACAAGGAAAAGAGUUUCCGGACGUGGAACAAGGAAAGAAAGAUCAGGAUUCCAACGCAGAGGUGACAUACACAGAUAAGACCAAAGAAGAACAACCUAUGGAGACGGAGCAGGGUGGUACAUCAGAGAACUCAAAGAAUGAAGAAAACGGACAGCAACAACAACAACAAGACGAUCAAAACUCAGGUAAGGAGGAAAAUAUGGAGAACAAUACAACUAGUGAAGAAAACGAAAAGGAGCAGAAGAGCACAAAGGAUGAGAACGGACAACAAGACGAACAUAACACAACAGAAGACGAAAGCGGAAGCAAAGAAGAACAAAGCACAACAAAGGAAGACAAUGUGGAGCAACAACAAGAAGAGCAAAAAGAAGAGAAAAGACAAGAGAGUUCAGAAGCAAGCGGGUUCGGUUCUGGAAUACCAAAAGAAUCAGCAGAAUCACAAAAAUCAUGGAAGAGUCAAGCAACAGAAUCUAAGGACGAGAAACAAAGACAGACGACAGAAUCAAAUACCAUAGAGAGUAUAAUGGUUGGAAAGGCAUGGGAGUUGUGCAAUGCAACUGCUGGUUAUGAUUAUAUACCAUGCCUAGAUAACGAAGCAGCUAUAAAAAAACUAACAAGUAGAAGACAUUUUGAGCACAGAGAGAGGCAUUGCCCAGAAGACCCACCAACGUGUCUUGUCUCCCUCCCAGAUGGGUAUAAGGAGUCCAUCAAGUGGCCAGAAAGCAGAAAUAAGAUAUGGUACCACAAUGUCCCACACACAAAGCUAGCAGAGGUGAAAGGUCAUCAGAACUGGGUGAAGGUCACUGGUGAGUUCUUAACGUUUCCUGGAGGUGGAACACAGUUCAUCCAUGGAGCUCUCCACUAUAUCGAUUUCCUUCAGCAGGCUUUGAAAAAUAUUGCGUGGGGUAAACGUACCAGAGUUGUAUUAGAUGUUGGAUGUGGAGUGGCGAGCUUUGGUGGUUUCUUAUUUGAAAGAGAUGUUAUAGCCAUGUCUCUUGCACCAAAAGAUGAACAUGAGGCUCAGGUUCAGUUUGCUCUUGAAAGGAAGAUUCCAGCCAUCUCUGCGGUGAUGGGUUCUAAGAGAUUACCCUUUCCGAGUAGAGUGUUUGACCUUAUCCACUGUGCACGUUGCAGAGUCCCUUGGCACAAUGAAGGCGGUAUGCUUCUUCUAGAACUGAAUCGGAUGCUUCGCCCAGGAGGUUAUUUUGUCUGGUCAGCAACACCAGUAUACCAGAAGCUCGAAGAAGAUGUUCAAAUCUGGAAAGAGAUGUCUGCGCUGACAAAAUCCAUGUGUUGGGAACUUGUGACAAUCAACAAGGAUAAACUCAAUGGUGUUGGUGCUGCCAUCUACCAGAAACCUACCACGAAUGAAUGUUAUGAGAAACGAAAGCGAAACAGGCCUCCCAUGUGCAAAAAUAAUGAUGAUGCAAAUGCAGCCUGGUACGUACCGCUACAAGCAUGCAUGCAUAAAGUUCCCACCAAUGUGGUCGAGAGAGGGUGCAAGUGGCCUGUGAACUGGCCACGUAGGCUUCAAACACCUCCUUACUGGCUAAACAGCUCUCAAAUGGGGAUCUAUGGGAAACCAGCUCCUCGAGACUUCACUACAGAUUAUGAACACUGGAAGCACGUUGUUAGCAAAGUAUACAUGAACGAGAUAGGGCUCAGCUGGUCUAAUGUGAGGAAUGUAAUGGACAUGCGAGCUGUCUACGGAGGGUUUGCAGCAGCUCUAAAGGACUUGCAAGUGUGGGUCAUGAACGUAGUAAACAUUAACUCACCAGAUACAUUACCGAUAAUCUACGAGAGAGGCUUGUUCGGAAUAUAUCAUGACUGGUGUGAAUCUUUUAGCACGUACCCUCGGAGUUAUGAUCUCUUGCAUGCAGAUCAUCUCUUCUCCAAGUUGAGACCAAGGUGCAAUCUUGUUCCAGUAAUGGCAGAAGUGGAUAGAAUAGUAAGACCAGGAGGUAAACUAAUAGUUCGUGAUGAAGCCAAUGUGAUAAGAGAGAUAGAGAACAUGUUGAAGUCAUUGCACUGGGAUGUUCAUCUAACAUUCUCUAAGCACCAAGAAGGAAUAUUAAGUGCACAAAAAGGAUUCUGGAGACCAGAUACUUCUCCCUGAAAUAUUAAGAAGAUAGUAUUUAUGAAAUCUGCAACUGAAGCAGCAUUAUAUAAUAUACAUUUAUUUAUAAGGCCAAAAAUCAUUUCAUGUUUCUAGAAUUUGAUUAAAAAUUUGUUAACUAUAAGAAAUAGUUGUUUAUCUUCUUGAACUAUAGACUAAUUAGAACAUAUUUUCAAUUCAUACUUGCUAUGUAUUUGACAUAGUUAUACUCUUCUCAUGUAACUGCUAUGACUAUGAAUCAUGGGAGUUUUUCAAAACUAACCCAUCUUUUCAAGUCAAACCCAAAACCAAUCUCUUCUUUUUUGUCAUUACUAUUCAUCAAUGAAUUUUCUAUAUUAUCCCUAUAUUUUUUGAAUUAUUUACUAAAUUGUCAUUAUUAUUAUUAUUUUUAUUAAUUUCGAAAUUCACAAAAAACCAAAUACACCCAUACCAUUUCUCCUUAUUUACAAUAAUAUCAUUAUCAUCAAUUUUUCCAACCAUCAUGAAUCCACCAUUUUUGAACUCUUAAAGCUCAUGAAUUCAAUUUUGAACCAUUUUUUCUCAUUUUAAGCCAACAAAUCACCAUUUCCUCUACAUUUCCAUCUAAAAAACUUUCAUAUCUUUCAUUUUCAUAAGCACAAACUUCAUAUUUUCGAGUUUCUUCAUUAGUGAAUUGUCAAAUGCGGUUCUUUUUGUUCAUAUUUGGAGUUUGGACGGUUGAGAAGGUUGAAAACGAACUUUACACCAGAAAAAUAACUAUUUACAUGGUUUUCGACAUUAUACAUUUGAAACUUAUUGCAAAAAUUUGUGACUAGUUUUACUCUUGAAACUUCUUGGAAAUGUUGUAUAGAUUUUCUUCUUCUCACAUGUGUGUUAGUUAUUGUUUUAGCUUAUGGUGGUUUACUUGUUUGGUUAAUUAAAUCUUGUGAAAAAAUUGAUAUCUAACAAAAAAAAAUGAUAAUAUCAUACAAGUGAAAUACAACUAAAAAUGAAUAAAAUGUUUAUAGAUUAUGCAUUAAAAAAUUAUUUACAAAUUAAUAUUUUAUUAUGAGAAAUUAUUGCAGAGUAAUAUAUUAAAAAGUAUUCUUGAGUGUGUUUGAUUUUUCUUAAUCUUGAUGCCUCAAAUAAAGUCUUGAAAAAGAGUACUUGCAAAGUAAGAUAAAAUUAUGAGAAAAAACAUAAGCUAAAAAAUUAAAUCAUAUUUUAGUAGACUUUUUAUUAAGUCUACGUAAAGUUAUUGUUUAGUAGACUUUAGUUUAAGUCUACACUAAUGGAAAAUUUUCAUAUCUAAAAGUGUACAUUUAAAAAUUUUGAAAAUACUUUGUUCUGGAAAAUAUUUCAAAAUAGUUUUUUGUCAACCUUGUAACAAAGCAAAAACAUAAAGUAUGAAUCUAUAAAUUUAGUUAAAUAUAAACACAAAAAUAUCCUAUAAUGAAUAUAUGUAAAACUUACAUUAUUGGGAAGAUGAUUUGAAAAUUUUGGAAGAUAAUAUCUCCAAAAUAAGAUAAAAUUAUGAAAAACAAGAUAAAAAAUUAAAUUCAUAUUUAAGUAAACUCCUAAUGAAAUAUGAUUAACAAUCAAGGCUAGUAGACUUUAAGUGAAGUCUAACAGCCCUCACUUUUAAGUAGACUUCAUUUGAAGUCUACUCUAUCUAAAAUAAAUUAGAUCUGAAAAUUAUAUACAUUGAAAAUAUGAAAUAAGUUUAAAUCUAAAAAACUUUAAAAAAUAUAAUCUAAUAGAAAAAAUAGUAAUAAAUUAAAGACAUAGAUUUUGAAUAUGUAACUUUAUUUAAAUAUAAAUACUAGAACACAUAUUUAAAAUCUAUAGAUGUAAACCUUGCACUUUUGGGAGGAGAAGAGAACAACCAUGGAAGAAAAUAAAUGCAAAAUAAGAUAAAAUUAUUAAAAAAAACAUAGAAAAAGAAUUGAAGUUAUAUUUUUGUAAACUUCCAAUGAAGUUUGCUUAAACUUUGUGGUUUAGUAAACUUCAUAUGAAGUCUAUUAGUUUUAGAUUAUAAGCAGACUUCUUUAGAUGUCUACACUGUCUGAUAAUUUUCAGAUCUGAAAAAAUCUAUAUAUUUUGAAAUGUGAAAAUAAUUUUAAAUCUGAAAAUACUUUACAAAAUAGAAUUUAUAAGAUAAAUAGUAGCAAAUUAAUACACUGACUUGAUAUAUUGAAUAUACACAUAUAAAUACACAUUUAAAAGCUUUUAAUCUAAAACUUACAUUUUUAGAGGAGAAGAUGAAAUCCAUGAGUGAUAAUACCUAGAAAAAAAAUAUUGUGAGAAAUAAACAACAUAAAAUACACAUUUAAAAUCUAUAGAUCUAAAACUUACAUUUUUAAAGAAGAAUAUGAAAACCAUGAAUCAUAAUACCUAAAAUGACAAGAGAAAGACUUGAGAGAAUUUUAGAGUGAAAGAAGAGAAAUGAGAGAGUUUUAGAGAGAAGGGAGAGAGCUUUAGAGAGAAGUGGAGAGUUUUAAAAACUUGUGCAGCCAUUUUAUAGAGAGAUUGUAUAAAUUUCAUUAAUAUAGCGAUACAAAAAUGUAACUACGUUAAAAAAUUACGACAUUGUAGACUUCUUUUGAAGUAUACUAAAAUUAAAAAUUUGGACUAGAUUUUAUUGUAGCAUAGUAGACCUUUUUAGAAGUCUAAUAUAAUAAUUUCAUUAUUGUUGUUUAUUAUUUAUUGUUUUAAUAAUUUUAAUAUAUGAUUCACUAAAUUUAUUUAUUUAUUUUUUAGUAGUUAUAGUAUAUGAUUUCACAUUUUUACUCUUAAGGAACUCAACUUAAUUUAAAUAUAAUGAUUUUUUGUAAACAAAAUUGAAAAAUGUAGACUAAAAAAGACAUCUCCAGCUAAAUAGACUUUAUUGUAGGUUUACAAAACCCUAAACCACAAAUCUCAAACCCUAAAUAUUUUGCUUUAUUAUAAAAUCUUAAUUACUGUAUCAAAUAUCAAAUUAUAGAAAAUAUAAACUACUAUACAUUAAUAUACAAAUUUAAGUCAAUAAAACAAAAAAAAAAAAUCAAAAUCUAACCCUAAGAAAUCUACCACUAGAAUAAAUAACAUGUUAUAACCUUUUUUUUCUAAAUCAUAUUGUCUAACACAUGGUUACCAAAUUAGAGUAUAUUCCUUGAAAUUGUUCAAUUAUAUAAAUUUUUUAUUUAUUUACUUCAUAUUGAUCAUUAUAUUGAUGAUUAAUUAAAAAUAUCACAAUAAUUAUUUUUAUACAUUUUUAAAAUUAAAUUAUUAGAUCAAAUUACAUUGUAAAUUACAGAAUAAGUCUACACACAGUAGACUUCAGGAGGUCUACAUAUAUGUAGACUUCUUUCUAUUAUAUUUUAAUACACAUAUUAAAUAAAAUUUCCAGCUUUUAUCUUUAUUUUUAAGGGAACAAAAAUCAAACAAAACAGUGUAUUAAAUAUGAGUAAAACAGAAAAUUACUAAAUUUCUAAAUCUGUGUGCAAGAACCUUAAAUGACACUUAUUAUAAAAUGGAGGAAGUUAUGAAUCCGAAAUUUGGUCAUACACGAUAGAGUUAUUCAUCAUAUUAAUGAAAACAUAAUUUGUGACAAAAAAAUUUCGAAAAAGAGAUUUUGGAAAGAUAAUUUAUUUAUGAUUUUUUCAUACGAUAAUAAUAGACCAAAGAUGAAAUACAUGGCCGGAUACAAAAGCUGGCGAAAAAUCUAUAAACCUCAUAGACUAAAUUCUAAAAGAAAAAAAAAACUAAAACCCACAUUGGAGCCCCUUAUCGAAAGCUGAAAUUUGAAACUAAAGCUAAACUUAACAGAGAUUUUAGAAAUAGAAAAUUGGCCUUUAUACCCUAAAUCGUGAGCAUAGAUUGCCAAGUGCCCGCUGCUUUCAACCAACCAGUUCAAGAAUAUCAAGUCAUGUGGUUUAAUGUGUCUUCUUAGAUCAUAAGAUAUAGUUUUUAACUUUCAUGAGAUUUAAAAUUUUAACUUUCAUUUAAAAUUCAAAUUUGAUGUUAUGUAAAUUUGACCAAGUUUUUUUAGAAGUCUUCUCCCUUAGUUUUAGUAAUAUUUGACUAAGUUUUUGUGUUGUUGUGUAUUGUUAAAAUGAUUAAAAUGUUUCUUGGUAUGUUGUAUUAAUAACUUCAAUAAGGUUAUGUACUUUUGGCAAAAUAUGAACAUAUUUACGAAAUUCUUUUCAUUAACAUCUAUUCAAGUUAAAAAAAAAAAAUUUACAACUAAAAUGGUACACAUACAAAUCAUAAAUAGACCAUAAACAAAACUAUUACAUAUGAAGCUAGAUAUCAUUCUUCGACAUAGAUAAGCUUGGAAUCCACUUAAAAUCAACCCAAGAAGUCUUCUGAUAGUCUUCUUAUGAGAAGUCUUCCAAAGUCUAACUCAAAUCUGAAAAAAUCCGCAUAUUCAAAAACAUUCAAAUGACUUCAAAACAGAAAAAAAACUUCAAAAAAUAUUUAUGUAUAAAUAAUAAACAAAACAGUUACAUCAGGUUGAAUCAAUGAUUUUUUAGAAUCUAAUAAAUAAAACACACAAAAAUACAUAUCCAAAAUUUGUACCACUAAAUAGCAACAAAAACAUAAUUAAACAUAUGAUCCACUAAAGUGUUUAUUAUACACAAAACUAAACACAUAUGAGUCAAAUUUAAAAAAAAAUAUUAAAAAAAAAUUAGAUUCCAAAAUCUAACCAUAAAAAUUUAAACAAUACUAUAACAUAUGUUACGAAUCCCUAAACCAAAGUCUAUCAUGACUCAAUCUACAUUCACUCACCUAUGUUGAAAAUAAUUCAAUUUUAGUAAAUCUAAAUUUACAUCACUUAAAAAUAUCUAUAAUUAUGUGAUUUAGAUUUUUUCCUAUAAAAAUAUAUUUAAUAAAAUUUAAAAAAUUAUUUUUAAGAUAUAAUACAUGAGAAAACUUAACUUCUGGAAAACUUUUGGAAGACUUCACAUUAGGCGGGAAACUGAAUUUCUAAAUUAACUAUUAGGCGGGAAAUCUAAAUUAAACUAAAAAUUAAGGGGGAAAAUCUAAAUUAAACUAAAAUUUAAGCGGGAAAUAGUACACUUUGUUGUGAAGUAUUUCAGGAAGUCUUCUAGUGCAUUAUAUGUUAGAAGACUUCUUGGCAAGUCUUCCAAACCUAUAAUCAAAUAACUAACUAAAUAACAAAAAACACUUUAUUAAACUUAUACUAUCAACUUAAAAAUGUUUAAUGUACACAAACCCUAAACCAAAAACUAUCAUGACUCAAUCUACAUUCACUCAUCUAUGUUAAAAAUAAUUCAAUUUUAGUAAAUAUAAAUUUACAUUAUGUAGAAAUUUUUAUAAUUACAUGAUUUUAAUUUUUCCCCAUUAAAAUAGUUUUUAGAAAAUUUAUAUAUUAUUUUAAAUAUCUAAUACAUGAGAAGACUUCCCGAGAAUUCUUGUUCAAGAAGACUUCAGUAGCCAUAGAUAAGACUUCAUGGGGCUAUAUUCGUAAAAGUGCAUACAUGUUUUUUGUUUGGUCAUAAGGGGGCUAGUUGUAAUAUCACUAGCCUUUUGGAUAAUUUUUGCACUUGAUUCAAUUUUUGGUAUACUUUUUCAUUUCAAAUCGAGUUUUGAGUCAUUUGUAGCAAAUUCCCCAUUAUGUAUUAAAAAAUUUCCGAUGGAAUAGCAUCCGUUGGAAAUCGCACAGAAAUUUUUUAUUUAGGCGUUUACAAAAAAAAAGUGGCGCUUUAUUUUCCCGAGUAAGUUUUUAGAUUACCGACAGAUUAUUGAAGGAUUACCGAUUCAACAAGAUCCUAAACCCGUUUCGUCGGAAAUCCAUCCGAAAUUCUCGACAAAUUCCCGAUGGAUUCUCAACGAAUUCGUGAUGGAUUCCUGACGAUUUGGAGUUUAAAGUUACCAAAUACAAAGAAAAAAUAUCAACAAUAUCCGUAUUCAUUAGAAAAAUGAUUUAAUGAGGUACACCUUCAGAAUCACUUGUAAAAUAGAUUUGAAAAUACUUUGGAAAAAUUCUCAAAAUCUUUCAUGUAAGUAUAUGCUUUAACAUUCAAGUUGAUUCUUAUGAUCUAAUUUAUGUAAAUUUGGUAAUAUUCGUUUAUUGAGCAUAUGUUAUUAUGAUAUGAACUUUUAAAGUUAAUUAUAGUACUCAUAGAUAUUUAAUAAAUCAGAUUUUAAUGUAUUUUACACUUUAUUUUAAACACCAAUCCUAAAUCCAUUAGUAAUUCAUUGGGAAUUUAAUAAAUAAUUAUUUAAACCUCAUCAAAUAAAUUCCAUCUGUAAUCUCUCCAUACUACCAACAGAUACUUACUUAAAUCCGUUUGGAAUCAGUCGGGAAUUUAUGACGGAUUACUGACAAGAUUAUUUAACUAAAUAUUUAUUUAAAUCCCUCAGGAAAUUCUGACAGAUUAUCGACAAAAUUAAUAAAAAUAAAUAUUUACUUAAAUCCAUAGGUAAUUCGUCGGAAAUUCCUGAUGGAUUUCUGAAGAAUUUGAAACCAUUGGGAAUUUUUGACAGUUGUUUAUUCCGUCGAUACUUGGUCAGAAAUCCGUAAAAUUUCUGAUGGACUUUUCCUUUGGAAAUUCCAUCGAGAAUCUCUAUGUUUUCUUGUAGUGUUAUUAAUCAAUUUAAAUGUAUUAAAAUAUUUAGAGAGCUUAAUAAAUCGGUUAUAAGAUUGACAAACUAAUGUGUAAGGAUUUAUAAAUUAGUUUUAAAACAUUAUUAAUUGAUUAUAAGAGUUUUAAACAAUGCAUAUGUGAUAAUAAAACUCUUAUAAGUUGUCUAUUUGUCAAAUGUAGCUGAAGAGAGUUGACGAAACUUCACUCGAUAAACCUGCACAACAAUAACUAAACUUGUAACUGCCCUAUCCCUAGAAUUUUACUUUCAACCUUAACUAUUUCAUUUUCCGUUCGAUAAAAACUCUAUUUAAAACCAUCGUCUUACAUAAACCAAACUUAAACGCGUAAGCCGAGUAACCAAACAUAAGUCUUAGAAAAUUGAAGUAAAAGUACUGGAAGAUAAAGAAAACCCAAAACGCUGGCACCAUAUGGACUCCUACUCCUGCUCUAUCUCGACCAUACCUAAAAAGAGAAGGGUGAGUAUUGAUUACUCAGAGAGGGUAGGUUCAAGGAACCUACAAACUCAGAUCAAGAAAAGUAAACAACCAUCACAAUCACAAGUUAAUAAGAUCUAUUAUGCAGAAAACAAGCUAGACUCUAAGGACAUAUGGCACGCUUACGGACAUCCCUCCUCGUGACGGUCCAUCCCCAAGAUUUUACGUUAACAACGGUCUCGAGGCUACCUACGCAACUGCCCAGCCGCAGCCAUUUGGCUCCUUUCGACACUAUCUGUGCGGCGGUACUUGCAGCCGCAUCUGGCACAACUCAGCAUGACUCCAUCAUCACGUCAUUCAUCCUUACACAUUAACUCAUUACAUAUUAGAUGACAUCCGUUCUUGGUGUCUCAAUCAUCACGUCAUUCAUCAUUACACAUUAAUUCAUAAUUAGAUCAUCAUUAACUCAUUAUUAGCUCAUCAUAACCUCAUCAUUAACUUAUCAUUAGCUCAUCAUCAUUACUCAUCAUUAACUCAUUAUUAGCUCAUCAUAACCUCAUCAUUAACUUAUCAUUAGCUCAUCAUCAUUACUCAUCAUUAACACAUCAUCGUCAUUAACACAUCAUUAGCUCAUCUUAUCCAGGUGCUUUUCAUCACAUCAUCAUACAUCACAACAUCACAAUUAACCUAGAUCUAGCACACAUCACAUCAUCACAUCAAAUCCUAGAUCCGAUCAACAAGGGACUAGUGUCCCCACGGAUUUCUCUACAUGAGAUAAGUUCACGACCGGGUCCUUACCUUAGUUUGUUUGUUGACGUGGAUCUGGAUCUAGAGAAGUGAAAAGGAAGCCAUCAAACUUACGGAUAUGUGUUCUCAAUCACAAAAGAGACACGGUGGGGGUUUAGGUUUCAUAUAUGUCAUAUCCAUGACUAAAGGAGGGUAGAAUAUAAUCCUUACCUUAUGGAUGAGACUGCAUGUGGUUACAAGCAGCAUACUAGAGAAGACGGCGGCUAGGGUUUUGUGGACGUCGACUCGGGCUACAUGUGCAGCGCCCAGCGGCGAGAGGCGAGUGGUCUGCGAGGGUGGUCAGUGUUAAUCAGAGGCGAUGGUGGGGAUUUGUUAUGGAAGGGCUACGCUUGUUGUCUCUCUUGUGGGUUUAACCUAAGGGGGCCCCUCCUUUUACAAGGAAUAUAAGAGGAGUUAACUAGAGUUUCUCCCUCUUGGACCUCAAGAAGUUGGGUUUCCUUUUGGCAGGGGCCCGAGAUGUUACAAAUCUAAACCAAGCUCCAUGUCAAAGAUGAGGAUACUUGUUCCAAGGGAGCAGUGGUACAAACUGUACUUAUGAUAUAAGAUAAAUAAGGACUUUAACAUAGUCUGAGUGACUUUUCAUAUUUUACGCACUGGCAACAUAAAAGUUGCAGAUAUUGCAAGAAUGGAGAUGGCUGCGACGAGGCAGUUCCGAGCUUGGCUGCGGCUAACAUGAAGAAAAAAGAUUCUUCAGGUAAAUAGACUAAGAAGAUUCAAACAUAGUAUAGACAAGUUUCAGCUAUGGUUUCUCUUAGGUAGUGAGAAGCUUAUAACCACAUCUGUAAGGUAGAUGAUAUAUCAUGGCUUUUACAGGUUUUAACCAUGGUAUAAGUCUAGUUUUAGAGUCUAGAUUAUAUGUUUCGAGUCUGUUUUAAAGUUUUUGCAGGUUCAAGUGAAUUUUUUGAGAACUUUGCAGAUUUUAGAGCUAUUUGUAGCCAUGAGAGUUGUGAUGCUGAAAACUGCAAGUCGGAUUUGACUAUUGAAGAUGGUAUCGGUCAACACUCGUGGAGAUGAAGUGAUAUCACUCAAAUUAUCAUAAGGAGUGACUUUUACUCUCUCAAAUAAGAGUUUCAGUUUUAGUACUUAGGGAUCGAAUCCACAAAGAGCGAGGGCACACAAUAGAUCUAAAGCAGUUGUGAUAAAGCUAGGCAAACAAUUUAAAAGCAAUGAAUAAUGAAAGCAAGGUGAACAAGCAAUUUUUCAGUUGAUUGAUUUGAGGAUGUACACAAUUGAGAGGAAUGGAUAAAUCUAGGGUUUCAGGUAAUCAUGAUUAUAACGAUAUAUAAUACUUAUGUUGGCAAUCCUAGAACUCGAAGUCUAAUGCAAAAGGUAUCCAGAUUCCGUUGUGAAUCAAUUCUAUUGACUAAGUCUAAUAUCUUAGUUGUCGCUUGUUGAUACGGAUCAAGCGCGAUCGAUGAUAUUGACUUAGCAUCGACCAAUGCUUCCUUAGGCAAGCGUUAGCGAGUUGAUCGAUAGGUUCCCUAGUCUUAACUAAAUCAGAUGUCGCAUGUUUCUAGCAAUUCUAGCUCAAGAGAAUCUAUUCUGGUGCAGAACCUACCGGCGUAGUUGUCCACAAUCCUAAUAUCAGGGUUGUAGUUAGGUACUCUAUAACACCAGAAUUACAAGCAAUUCCUUAAAAGAUAUCUAUCAUCUUAGAAAUUAUAUAGUUGGGGGUAAUCCUUCAUAAGCUUAAUUAAUCCCCAAAUCUAAUAGGUGAUUUACUCAGACAUAAUCAAGCAAAGACAUGACAAUAAUCUGAAUAAACUGCAUAAAUAUAAUAAGCUAAAAAAAUUGGAGUUCCAAUACAAAGCUAUGAAAGAGUCUUGGAUCUUCUUUCCAAACGACUAAAAACUCUAAACUGUGUGGUAUGAAAAUAAGAAAGUGUAUGUUGUCCAUAACAAUGGCAGAGCACAUAAAUAUUAGGUUAAAGUCGGCUAGAGGUAAUUCUAUAAAUAUGUUGAAUUUUGGGCUUCAAGUCGGUCAUAAACAAGCGGCCCGCUUCUGCGCUUCUCUGCUGAUCGACGACAAGUGGUGUUUGUCGAUCACGGUUGACUAUGAAUGUCGACUAUGGCUGGUCCCAUGAACAGCUAGGAGUUUCUUCUGUCUUGAUUUCUAAAAUUCUCCAAAAUCACUACAUUACUCCAAAACGUACAUGAACAUGUAAAUACUCUAAAAAGACUCCAAAAUAUAAUAAAUAGAUUCUAAAACAGUUAUAUACCAUGGCUAAAAGCUGGUAAAAUCCAUGGUAUAUCAUCAAGCAAACCGACACGUGUCUAAUGAUGUUUCAAGAAAUUACACUUAGGCCUAUAAGUUUCUUUAUUUGCAAAAAAAAAAUCCAUGAUUGUGUUUUUACCUAUAUUAUGUUUUCUUAGGACUUUGUUUGGCCUACGCUUAAUUUACUUUUAGUGAGUUUUGGAGAGAAAGAUUAGCACUCAUUCAUAGAUUGAUUUAGAACUCCAGUAUUUCUAUCUUUAUCUUAAUGCAAUUUAUUCAGUCUUUGAUUAUGUUUUCUUUGAUCAUAUCUGAGUAAUCACCUUGUUUGAUUUAGGGAUUUCUAUAGUUUACAAUGAAUUGUUAAGUUGAUAGAGUAACUAACUCAUUCGUAUGGUUAUCCAUUGAUUUCUUCAUCACUGGUUGUUCUUAAUGUUGAAUUCUAGAGUAACUAACUAAAAUCAUGAUCAUAGGAUAAUUGAUUAGAUGCGACAACAUGAAUGUUUACUUGAAGCUAUCUUUGAUGAACUAAACAACUAAUCUCCAAUAGAUUUGGUUUAUGAAUUUAGUGAACUUAUCAGAUUGUUCUUAAUUUUUGUCUUAACUUAUUAAAUUCACACAGAGGUUUGAAAUUCUAGGAUCUAGACAUGGAUUAGUCUCUGCAACGAAAGAUGGUUGAUUAGUUAUUGUGAAUCUGAGUUCGAGAACUUUUGUUCAUAAACCAGUAGCAUUCUAUUACUUGAAAUUCUUACUUACAUGUUUUAUUCCCUAUAUUUUGUGUUUUUCCUAUUGGCUUUACAAACCGAUUUACUGCAUUCUUUAUUGUUUUUAAUAUUAAUCUAGUUUAAUUUAAAACUGAUAGUCUAUUGUGUGAAAUAUUGAGUCUAUGAGGAUUCAAACCCUAAGUAUUGCACUGCACCUCUGAUAUUGCAGAGUAGUUUAAGGGUAAAUUUGAGCAUAUCAAAUUUUGGCACCAUUGCCAAGGAUUCUCAUCAGCAUUAGACUAUAUGUAAUUUUUUCUAGGUUUUUAUUUUUAUUUUACGUACUUUCUUUUCUUGUAUUUCCGGUUUAUGCAUUGCAAAUACCAGAAGCAACAAGGAAUAAGAGCUUUUUGGAUAUGUCCAACCAUAAGCUGUUUGAGUUGGAACGUAUGAACAGCAAGUCAAAGAAACUAGUGUCGAACGACACCCCUCAAGCAUCGAACGGCACCAGUCGAGCAAAAGCAUCGAAUGACACCCCUCUGGUGUCGAACGACACCCUAAUCGAACAAGCAUAUAUGGUUAAUCUGAUUGUGCUAGUGGCUGAUGAACAAUGGGUGCUACGAGACCAAGAGGGUCUUUCUUAUAAUGUAGAUAGGUAGAGGGUUGAUGAUGUUGGGAAUGUAAUGCUCGGUGAAAUUGUUGUUGUUGAGAAAUGCAGCAAAGGUAGGAAAUGAUGCAGUGGUUUGACAGAGAACACUUGCAUACUACAACAUGUCUGGUCAAUUUUAUGCUAACAGGUCUGCAAUUCAUCUUUUUCUAUUCUAGAGGAAUGACUUUGAACUGAAACCCGUCUACUUCACUCUUUUGAGACAACAUCUCUUUCACGGUCUUCCUCAUGAAAAUCCCGUGGACCAUCUUGACAGGUUGAAGACUUGGCAUCUAGCAUCAAGUGCAAUGGAGUCUUUGUAAACUAUAUUUUCUGCAAGCUAUUCUACUACUCUAUGUAUGGAGAUGUAGCUUAGUGGCUCAAGCAGUUGCAACCAGGAUCUUUGAACAUAUGGAAUGACAUCAAAAACGCGUUUCUGAACAACUUAUUUUAUGAUGCGAGAUAUGAAGAUAUGAGAAACAAAAUCUUCAUUUUCUGCUGAGGCAUUAAAGACUCUUGGAUCAGAUUCAGAUCUUACUAGAGGGACUGUCCGCACCAUGGGUUUUCAGAAGUGCAGCUAUGGGUAUCUUUUUUAGAGGCAUCGAUUGGAUGCUGCAAGUGAAAGGGAUUUCAAAACUAUAAAUACAAAAAAAGCAACAAAAGUCACUCAAAACUUGGUGUUUAGCAACAACACUAAGAUUUCUGAAAUCAUUGUAAAACUACAUUGUACCAACCACCUUAACUUUAUUCGAAUCAGCCAAAAGAUAGAGGAAAAAUCAAAUACCAGACACAAGCACAAUGAACAACCUCUUCAACUCUUACAUCGCACACCGCCAUUAGAUCGUUGAUCCUGAUAACAAUACCACAACACCCAACCGAAAGUCUCCUCUUCCGCAAAUCUAGACGAACAACUCUUUAUAACUAAAAAUCAUAACAGAAAAAGACCAAACGAUAUGGAUAUUAAAAGAAAGAGGAAGACAAGGAGCAUA